GCCACUCUCUGAUGAGUGAUUCUGCGUUUGCCUCAGAGGGCCCAAAAAGCGACCACCACAUGAUGAUGCACCCAUGGACCUUCACUUCGGUUUAUCCUACGAUGCCCCUCCUAUGUCUCGGAUCUAUGGAUAGCCAGAGCCGAUCCAGGUGAUUAUACAGCGCACUUCUUUGAUUCAGGUCCACCGAAUAGGACUUUGGGUUUGACCGACAGGCUGGGGAUGAGUGCCCCCCGACCGCCUGAUACCGACGGAGACGUCGCCGAGCGAUAUCGUGAGAAGCUCCUGGAAGAAUUUGGUUCAGUCCUGGACGAAUCUCUUAUCGUCCUGAUUGCGAAUGAGCGAGAUCUCGUGAAGGAUUAUGACGAGAUUAGGCAUAUUCUGUGCCAACUAGCGGAAUCUGCUCGCGAAGAGGCGGCCACCGGCUUUGACCCGUCAGGAUUGGGGAGCUUUGCCGACCUCGAAGAGUUUCGCCUUGACGAGACAACCAGCAGCGGCAACGGAGGAGCCGAUUCGUCAGCCGGAUAUGCCACGACGAUUUCCGUGGUCUCAGAUCAAUCUGAGAACCACAGACUCACCGAGCAGGUCAAUCUGAGCGACGAGCAGAAGGUCCAGGAACUCAAACUUGUCUUCCAAGACAGAUGGAAAGACCAUACUAUCAGAUACGUUCUGAAGCAAUGCAACGGGAACCUGGAAACAGCCUUCGACGAACUUCUUAGCCGCCAGUACCUCGAGGAGUCCGGGGAACUUCCCAAGGGAAUCGAUGGGUUUUGUAUUCCGGACGAGGACCGACAACCCGGUAAAAGCAACGCCGGCCGUGGUCAAAAGGGCAGGAAGAGAAACAAAAAGCAGGUCGUCGCCAUCACCUACGAUGCGGUGUUGCCCACUGUCGACGACGCAGAACUGGAAGGGGCGAAGGACUUCCACCAAACGGCCGGCCACCGAGGCGCGGGCCUAGUUCGGCGUCUUCCGCCGCCAUCCCGUCCACCUCUUUCCACAGUUAAGAUAACUCCGCAAUCUGGGCCGCCGUACCCACCAGCAUCCCCAUCUCCACUAUCCACCGACUUCGGCGCCUCCAACCUGCGCACCGCCGCCGCCCUCAGACGGAUGGGCCCUCUCGGGCGGCAAGGCGCCGUAGUCUACACCGAGCGGGCGAGGGAGGAGAUUCGCACAUUCCAAGCUCAGGCCUCCCUGAUGGCCGAGACGCUUGUCGCGCAGCAGAGCACCGACAGCGUGCUCGAUCUUCACGGGGUCUUCGUCAUGGACGGAGUACGAAUCGCCAAGCAGCGCGUCUGGGCCUGGUGGAACGGCCUCGGCGAGAACCGCAAAGCCCGGGCGAAGCAGCACGGCUUCACUGUUGUUACCGGCGUGGGGAAGCACAGUGCCGGGGGCGUAUCUCGUCUGCGGCAGGCUGUCGGCGCGUACCUGAAGAACGAUGGAUGGAAGGCGGAGACCUUGACGGGCAGUUUCUAUGUCACGGGCCGGGUAUGACGUGAUGUCACAUCUGUUUGGGGACGGCGUUCUUGGCAUCUGCGGUGUGGUGUGGCAUGGUUUGAACUUGACCGGGACCGGCGUUGGAUAUUGGUGCGUGAUGGACGAUAUCACUAUGGAGAGAUACCUUGUGUUUUCUGGAUGCCAUUUUCGUGUCGAUCUUAGGAUUCAUGGGAGAGACCUGCAAGUUUACCUAUGGAGGCGUACGGACAUGUGCCAGAGUUCCCAAAUUCAUAGAAAGGAGGAUUGAUUUGUAUACGGAGGGGAAUACCUCCUCUACCAACGUGUACCAGCUAUGAUUAAUUCAUCAGGGACAUGCCCGACUUUCUGCCUCC